AAAAUAUGAAAAUCCUUGAUUUAUCUUAUUUUCCCACAAUAUACCUUUGAUUCAUCAUUUCUUGUUAGCUGCGCAGCAAACGCAAUCUCAAUGAGGUGAGAAAAAACGAGUUGGUGAGAAAAAAAAGCGAGAGAGAGAGAGAGAGAGAGAGACAAGUCACUUACUUGGUCAUUAGCUAAAGCUUUAAUGGCUAACUACAGAGUUGGAUUUUGACUAGCAGUUGUUUUUUUGUGAAUUGUGGUGUUUGAAGGAAAGGCUUUUCUUUUAUACAGAUCUGAAGUUGUUUUGCAUUUGUCAUCAAAUCAAGGAAUAUAUGAUAUCUUGAAUUAUAUGAUCUGGGAAGCAUAAUUGGUCAUCUGGGGUCUCUGCUUUGUUUCGAGUAAUUUGGGGUCCAAUCUAUAAAAUAGCAACAGUGUUGGGUGAAGUUUGGUGCUUCGAGGGUUACUGUCAUACUCAAAACUCUGUGGAAUUUCGGCGAAAAAAAAUGUUAAAUUUGGUCUCUUGGAUUUAGAUGGCGACACCGGUACAGCCUCCUACGGUUGAGGUGUCACCGCCACCACCAAUGGCGUCGCCGCCACCUGAGAUGUCGUCUCCCGGUGGUAACGCCCUUUCUCCGACGAGGGAGCCCACUGAUGGUAAUUCACCGGAGAUCCCAAACCCUCCAGCUCAAUCUUCUCCUCCUCCUCCGACUACUCCAUUGUCAUCCCCGCCACCACAACCUUCUCCCUCACCACCUCCACCAACCGGGGCUCCUCCUCCUACUCCACCUGACCCGCCAUUAAACCCUCCACCACCACCACUUGAUCCGCCUGCCAUUUCACCUCCCCCACCUCCAUCGUUUCCGCCACCGGAAAACCCUCCUUCAUCGCCUUCAUCAGUCCCACCAAGAAAUCCACCCCCUUCACCUACAUUAGACCCACCGUUACCUUCAUCUCCACCUCCGCCAUCAGUUCGUCCUUCUCCUCCAGGGGAAUCAGGAAGUCCUCCUCCUUCUCCUCCAGGGCAUUCAGAAAGUCCUCCUCCUUCUCCUCCAGGGGAAUCAGAAAGUCCUCCUCCCCCUCCUCCACGAGGUUCAAAAACUCCUCCUCCGCCUCCUCCUCCACAUGACUCAGAACCUCCUAAGAAACCUCCUAAGAAACCUCCUCCUCCGGAUUCUAAACAUCCUGCUCACUCACCUCCUCCUCCGGAUUCGAAACAUCCUGCUCACUCACCUCCUCCUCCGGAUUCGAAACGUCCUGCUCACUCACCUCCUCCUCCUCCUCCACGGGAUCCCGAAACUCCUGAGAAAACUCCUCCUCCUCCUCCACCAGACAAAAAUCACCCAGCUCCCUUACCUUCUACUUCUUCUUCAACACCAGUUGCAUCACCGCCUUUUCCUCCUCAAAAACCUGUACCAGGCUCAGACAAUCCUACUCCUAUUGUGACAGAGACGUCUAGCCGUUCGGGUAUUAGUACAGCAGCUGUCGUGGGUGUAAGUAUCGGAGUGGUCCUUGUGCUGCUUACUCUUAUUGUAGUUGUGGUCUGGUGCUUGAAGAGACGCAAAAAGAAGCUUUCUGCCAUUCCAGGUGGCUAUGUUAUGCCAUCUCCUUUGGUUUCCUCCCCAAGAUCAGAUUCAGCGCUUUUGAAAGCGGGAAAUCGUUCUAGCAACCGAACCUUUUUCUCACAGUCAGAACCUGGUGGCUUUGGUCAGUCGAGGGAACUCUUCUCAUACGAAGAACUUGUCAAGGCAACAAAUGGAUUCUCGGACGAGAAUCUAUUGGGUGAAGGUGGGUUUGGUCGUGUGUAUAAAGGGCUGUUACCAGAUGGGAGAGUGGUGGCUGUGAAACAGUUGAAGAUAGGUGGAGGACAAGGUGACCGAGAGUUCAAAGCCGAGGUUGAGACCAUAAGCAGAGUACAUCACCGGCAUCUGCUUUCUUUGGUUGGGUACUGCAUUUCCGAGAACCGGAGAUUGCUUAUUUAUGACUAUGUCCCUAACAACAACCUUUACUUCCACCUUCAUGCUGCACGAGCUCCGGGUCUGGACUGGGCAACGCGUGUUAAAAUCGCUGCUGGUGCAGCUCGUGGCUUAGCUUAUCUCCAUGAAGAUUGUCAUCCACGUAUCAUACACAGGGACAUCAAAUCAUCCAACAUUCUUUUAGAGAAUAACUUUCACGCUCUGGUUUGUGACUUUGGCCUCGCAAAGCUAGCUCUAGACUGUAACACACACAUUACAACUCGGGUUAUGGGAACAUUCGGCUACUUGGCUCCUGAGUAUGCAUCAAGUGGCAAAUUAACAGAGAAAUCAGAUGUGUUCUCCUUCGGUGUUGUUCUACUUGAGUUAGUCACUGGACGUAAGCCCGUGGAUACAUCACAAGCUUUGGGAGAUGAGAGCCUUGUUGAAUGGGCCCGUCCUUUGCUUAGUCAUGCCAUAGAAACCCAAGAGUUUAAAGAUUUAGCAGAUCCAAAGCUAGGAGGAAACUAUGUUGGCGCUGAAAUGUUUAGAAUGAUUGAAGCAGCUGCAGCUUGUAUUCGCCACUCAGCUGCAAAGAGACCUCGAAUGAGUCAGAUUGUUAGAGCUUUCGAUAGUCUAGCUGAGGAAGACCUCACAAACGGGAUGAGAGUAGGCGAAAGCGAGAUCAUCAACUCAGCUGAGCAGUCUGCAGAAAUCAGAUUGUUUAGAAGAAUGGCUUUUGGCAGCCAAAAUUACAGUACAGAUUUUUCCACUCGUAAUAUUUACAAUAGCAGAGAUGAAAACGUGUAAAUAUCAGAGACAAACACUCAUUACAGUCUACAGAGUGAUAUUUUUUCCGAGAAAGAUCUCUCAAAGCAGAAACUUUCUUGAUUUUUUCCAAAUUUGAAUCCUCUGCUACAUAUUGCCCAAAACUAUUGAUAAAAUCACUAAACACAACAAUGUCAAUC